GGUCCCGGGCAGGACACGGUGGUGGUGGAACGGUGGUGGCAGGUCCCGCUCAGCAAAGAGGGGAGGCCCCCGCGCCUGCACCCCCGGAGGCACCGCAUCUACCGGCUGCUGGAGGACACCAAGCACCAGCCCCGGGGGGAGCUGGAGCUGAUCCUCACCCGGUCGGUGGAGGAUUUGGGGAACCGGGGGGACGUGGUCAGCGUGAAGAAGCACGUGGGUCGUAACAAGCUCCUGCCGCAGGGACUGGCCGUGUACGCCUCCCCCGAGAACAGGAGGAUGUUUGAGGAGGAGAAGAAGCUGCGGCAGGAAGGGAAGCUGGAGGUGCUCCAGACCCAGAGUGGGGAGAAGACCAUCCGCUUCCUCAAGAGCUGCCGGCUGGAGGUGGGCAUGAAAAACAACGUCAAGUGGGAGCUCAACAACGAGAUCGUGGCGCGGCAUUUCCUCAAAAACGUGAGUUUUUCCCGACGGCGGCGCCCGGAGCCGCCUCCAACCCCCCCCGGGAGCCCUUUGCCGGUACCGGGAGCUCCGGGAGAGGCAGGGAAUGGGCCGUGGGGGCCGGGAUCCCGGGGAGGGGUGUGCGGAGGCCGGGGCUCAGCCGGGGCACGUGCCGGAGCCGCUCAGCCGCGGGUUUAAA